AUGGCAGGGAUGAGAAGCAAAGGGGUUGAGUUGCUGAACUAUGUGUCUUCUUGUUUUACUAUUGGAGAUGAACAACCUGGAUUUGUUCAUGGAGACUUCUCCAGCAUAGAUAAGAGGGAGAGGGAUGCUUGGAAAAGUGAGGUUGUAUAUGGACUUGAACUUCCUAGGCACAGUGAGCAGCGUAACCCAAAAUCAAAAUAA